AUGCCAGCAAGCAAGAUCCGACAUUCAAUCGGCUCUACCUGCAAGCCACUCUGCGCCGCCUCAGCACGCCCUGAAGCUGUCAGCACGCGCAGACUACGUUGCGACACCUCUGGCUUGUCUCACUAUGUCACACACGUGGAUGACCGCAAAAGUCUAAGAACACAGCGCUCCUCCGACUCGCAGGGAUCGUUACCCAACGAUGGAAAAGUUGCACAUUCCCCCUUUAUGCCUGACAACGUUGCAACCUACGACGUUCUCAUCGCUUUAGCACAGCGGGCGAACAAAGCAGUCAUGUUCGCAGUUUUCGCGUUCGCAUUGUCCUUCCUCGGACUCUUCGGGGUCACGUCUGGCUCGGUCAUCCCGCAAGCAGAUGGCUUGCAAGCUCGUCACCCCGUCGGGCCCUGGCAACCAACGACGAUUACCAUCUACACCGAGACACAUACUUUACUCUUUGAGGCCUACGUCGACCUCCGAGUUCGCCUGGACGAUAACGGUUUGGAAGGCGGCGUGGGUCCUGGAUACAAGCUUGCUUGGGAGGAGGCAAGCAGUGAUGCUCUCGCUGGCGCAAAGAUCCGCAUGAUUAUCUCAAAUUACGUACGCGAUAUCCUGGACCUGACGAUGUAUUAUCCCCGUGGAAAAGGAUUUUUCACAUACUAUACGAUAAACGAUCUUCAGCUUGACGGCACCGAUGUGACACUGAGCCCGUCCCUUGUUCAAGUCGUCAGCGGAGGACGCAUUAUCCCGGCGCAUCCUUAG